CGGCACUGGCUUCCUGCUCUAACCUUAGCUAGGCGCGUUUGUGUGCAAAUGAAGACUGAAAAGUCUUGCUUGUAGACCGGGAGAAAAGGGGCACAGCUCAACCAGCACUACAUUUUACAAGACUUACACUGCUGCUGUUAACAAGCAUUAUUGCUUAACAGAAAGUAACCGUGGUUUGUUCAAACACCAUAUAAAGAGCCAGCUAGUUCUGUAUUAGAUGCUCAAGAGUUGCAGUUGGUCUCUGCAGCUAGCAGUAGACCCAAAAGCACAAGAAAAGGGAGACGAAGAAGGCUAUGUGUUUGGACUGAGAAGACAGGGGCGCUUCGACUUGUUGAUGAUUCGGUUAAUAUAAACACCCAGUCGCCCAGCUGUGAAGUUUACAAAGGCAAGUCCUCACUUGCAGAAGGAAUUCGGAUUGCUGCAGACAACUGGGCAGCGAGCGAGCCUGGAAAGUGAAAGCAUUCAGCUGGCCUGUCAAACUAGUGUAGCCAGACUCGUGGAUCAAGCACAGACUGAUACGCUGAUCACAGUGUACAGAAACACGCCGUCAGAUCCCCGCCUAGUAUACUGCUUUCGAAGAGACUUGUGUUCUUCCAAACCUUCUUCAAUCCGAAACAGUUUCCCGGUGCUUGUGUCUCACUCUGGAUGCUGUGCUGAAAUACAAAACAUAUCUUAUUUUCCCAUUGGGAUUUCUAACGAUAUCAUAGUAUACAGCAUCACUGUUUCAUUUCUUUGAAUAUUUUCACCGUUGCCAGCUAUGUCUGAGAAUAAGUACAAUGGGAGUUGCAGUGAUGAAGAAUCGGAACCGGGACCGCUGUACCCCACGUCGGGGCGCUCAGGAAGGGCAGGGCGGCGGAGCGGGGUGACUAUACCGGCAGCGGACAGCUCCAGUCCCGGCGGCUCGGCUGCGGACAUAGAAGCCAGCCUUAUCGAGGCUGCAAAGACGCCGCCGCGAAGAAGCAGCAUUAUAAAGGACCCCUCGAACCAGAAGCCGGCCGGGCGCAAGAAGACGGUGUCCUUCAGCAGCAUGCCCUCAGAGAGAAAGAUCAGCAGUGCGGCCGACUGCCUCAGCUUCAUGCAGGGGGGCUGCGAGCUCAAGAAAGUGCGGCCCAACUCGCGGGUGUACAGCCGCUUCUUCACGCUGGAGGCUGACCUGCAGUGCCUGCGCUGGGAGCCCUCCAAGAAGGACCCUGAGCGAGCCCGGCUGGACAUCAGCACAGUGAGGGAGGUGCGGACCGGCAAGAACACAGAGACCUUCCGGCACAACGGCGCUGCCGAGCAGCUGCCCGAGGAGGCGGCCUUCUCCAUCAUCCACGGAGAGGGCUACGAGUCCCUGGACCUGGUGGCCAUCACUGCCGACGUGGCCAACAUCUGGGUGACGGGGCUGCGCUACCUCCUCUCCCACCAGAAUCAGAACCCUGAGGAGCUGGAGGGCGGCCCGGCCAACUCUAUCCGCACCGCCUGGCUCUCCGCAGAGUUCUGCAGGAGUGACGAGGACGGGAACGGGAUCAUGCCCGAGGACAUCGCCGUCGACUGCAUUCGGAGGCUUUGCCCCGGGAUAAAGGAGACCAAGGUGCGGCUGAAGUUCAAGGAGCUGCAGCGCAGCAAGGAGAAGCUGACAACGCGCGUGACGGAGGAAGAGUUCCAGGAGGCGUACUGCGAGCUGUGCACGCGGCCCGAGGUCUACUUUCUGCUGGUGCAGAUCUCCAAGGACAAGGAGUGCCUGGAUGCCCAGGACCUGCGGCUCUUCCUGGAGGCAGAGCAGGGGCUGCCCCAGGUCACCCCGGAGAGCUGCCUGGACAUCAUCAACCGCUUCGAGCCCUCCGAGGAGGGGCGCAGCCGGGGAGUGCUGGGUGUGGACGGCUUCACGCGCUACCUGCUGUCCUCCGAGUGUGCCAUCUUUGACCCCGAGCACAAGUCUGUGUGCCAGGAUAUGAGCCAGCCCCUGUCGCACUACUACGUCAACGCCUCGCACCGCACCUACCUGAUCGAGGACCAGCUGCGGGGCCCCGUUGACUUCACCGGCUUCGUGCGGGCGCUCAGGAUGGGCUGCCGUUGCCUGGAGCUGGAUGUGGGGGACGGCCCGGAGAACGAGCCCGUCGUGGGGGGCCGCCAGAGCCUCUCCAGCCCCUUGGCCUUGCGCAGCGCCCUGGAGGUGAUCAACAAGUAUGCCUUCCUAUCCUCAGACUACCCUCUCCUGCUGUAUCUGGGAAACAGGUGCUCCCCUCACCAGCAAAAAGUGGUGGCCCAGCACCUGAAGAAAGUCUUCGGCAGCAAGCUAUACACCCACAGCUCUGCAGCUGCCACCGCCACGGGCCACCUACUGUCCCCUGACAAGCUGAAGAGGAAGGUGCUGCUGGUGGGGAAGAAGCUGCCGGCUGAGCAAGAGUCCUCAGAAGGGGAGGUGACAGAUGAGGAGGAGGAGGAGGAGGAGGAGGUGGGAGGGGGCGGGGAGGACUUGGGGAGGAGGCAGGCUGAGGAAGAGUACGGAGUGGCAGUGGAACCCAAGUUGAUGAAGCUCCGCAAAGAGCUCUCUGACCUGAUCGCUGUCUGCAAAUCCAGGCAGCGCUCCUAUUGCUCCUCCCCAGGGCGUGACCACGACUCCUGCAGGAGUAACGGUGGAGGGGGCGUUGCGGGCUGGGAGGUGUGCUCGCUGGGCGAGGUGGAGGCAGGUCGUCUGGCUAACGAGUGCCCGGAGGAGCUGGUGAAUUACAACAAGCGCUUCCUGAUGCGGGUGCGGCCCAGCGCCAUGCGGGUGGACUCCAGCAACCCCAACCCCCAGGACUUCUGGAAGUGUGGCUGCCAGCUGGUUGCGAUGAACUACCAGACCCCGGGGCCCAUGAUGGACCUGCACACGGGCUGGUUCCAGCAGAACGGGGGCUGCGGCUUCGUGCUGCGGCCGGCUGUGAUGCGGGAGGAAGUGUCCUACUUCAGCGCCAACACCAUGGGCACGGUGCCGGGCGUGCCGCCGCAGAUCCUCCGGGUCAAGGUGAUCAGCGGGCAGAACUUCCCCAAGCCCCGCGGCGCCUGCGCCAAGGGCGACGUCAUCGACCCGUACGUGUGCGUGGAGAUCCAUGGCAUCCCAGCCGACUGCGUCGAGCAGAGGACCCGCACCGCCACGCAGAACGGGGACGACCCACUGUUCGACGAGAGCUUCGACUUUCAGGUGAACCUUCCUGAGCUGGCUCUGCUGCGCCUGGUGGUCCUGGAUGACGACUGCAUCGGGGAUGAGUUCAUCGGGCAGUACACCAUCCCCUACGAGUGCCUGCAGUCGGGGUACCGCCACGUGCCGCUGCUGUCCUUUUCGGGGGAGCCCGUGGAGCACGCCUCUCUCUUCGUGCACGUGGCCAUCACCAACCGGCGAGGCGGCGGCAAAGCUCACAAGAGAGGACUGUCGGUGCGCAAGGGCAGGCGAGCCCGGGAGUACACAGUGCUCCGCAACACCGGCCUCAAAGCGCUGGACGAGGUGUUCCGGCUGGCUGGGACUCCUCUGAGAGAGGCCACCGACACACGGGAGAACAUGCAGAACGCCACGGUGUGUUUCAAGGAGCUGUGUGGCCUGUCCCUGCUCUCCAACCUGAAGCAGUGCAUCCUGAGCCUCUCGUCCCGUCUGCAGAGCGGAGAGGGACCCCCGGGGGCCACGCUCACUGUGAGGGACAGCUACCCCUAUCUGGAGCCCCAGGGCAGCCUGCCCGAGGCCACCCGCAAACUGCUGCACUCCUACGACUUGAUGAUCCAGGAACACCGGCUCCUGCUCGAGACGGCAGACUCCAUUCAUGAGAGGAUCACCCAGGUGCAGAAAGCAGCGAUGGCGUUUCAUGAGGAUCUUCACCGGCUAGGAGCCAAGGAGGGACUGAAGGGACGCAAGCUGCACAAGGCAGUGGAGAACUUCGCAUGGAACAUCACUGUGCUCAAAGGGCAGGGUGAUCUGCUGCGCAGUGCAAAGGCCGAGGCGCUGGACUCACUCAAGCAGCUCGAGCUGGCUUGCCUCUCCUGUGGACUGAGCCAGCCGGAGGACAGCAAGGCAAUGAUGGGCCUGAAGAGCAUCAAGAAUAGGGAGAGUGGAGAGGGGAACAGGCGGAUAUGAACCAGCGGCAUUGGGGAAGAGCGGGGUGGGGCCUGGAGACGUGACCCAAUCUGAACGGGACAUAACCAGUGGAAGGCUAGAGGAUGGUGAGAUUGGGAAGUGGGGCAAUUAGAAUGUGAUGUCUUAGUGAAUUCAGGGAUCAAGGAGACAGAGUGGGAGGGAGGCUCUGUCUCUGGACAGGCCCGGGUUCAUGUCCCUCAUGUUUCCAGUCCUCUGCUGUGUCCAAUAGGAGGCGUCUCGAUGUCACUGAGGGAUGUGUGCUGCCUGGCCUGUAGCACAGUAGCAAUGCACACAGACCAGUGCAGUGUACUCACAGUCCUGUGCAGAGGAGAAGCCCUUAUAAAAGUUUACCACAGUAAAUUUGCAUGGUCAUUUUGCAGUUUUCCCACAUGGUUUCCCAUGAUUACACUGUACUGUGAUUUACCAUACCUCUCUGUGCUUUACAAUGCUUCCCUAUGCGUUACCAUACCUCUCUGUGCUUUACAAUGCUUCC